AGCUUCAAAGGAACCAUGUGUUUCCGGUUCCGGUCCACUUUCUAUUUGGUUUUAGCCGGGUUCCUGCUGUUUCUGCUCCACGCUCAGAUGCGCCGAGCUCCGGUUGGACCUCGUCGGAGCCCCGGUGCCCCUCGGCCGGCUUCAGACUGGACUUUCCCCGGAAUUCGGUCUCCGUUCGGAGGUUCUCCUCAGCGCCGAGGGGUAGGCUUCUCUCCCCGGUUCAGCAGAGGAACUAUGGACGGGUCACCGGCACAUUUCAGCGGCGAGAGCAGGGGGUUCGGGGUUUCGGUCGGGAGGGGAUCCGAGUUCCGGCGGCCCCAGUCCUUCAGUCCUUCGGGAGCUCCGAACCUGCAGCCCAGAGACGUUCCGGUGGAGAGAUACUUCAGUCCCUCCAUGCUGCAGGAUCCCUGGAGGAUGCUGCAGCCUGUCACACCUGAAGCUGCUGCCAGGACCAGCUGAGCCAAUCAGAGCACAGAACCAAUCAGAACCCAGAGGAGCAACCUCUGCGAUUGGACAGAAGUUUGACCAGCACAACAUUUUCAACCUUCUGGUUACUUUUGUUUUUACUGCUAAACUUUUUAUUUAAAUAAAAGUUAAAAACUUAA